UUAAAGUAUUUUCAAUCAAAAGUGACGUCCAUUAAAGGGAAAAAAGGCAUAGAAAAGAUUGACUUAAUAAUACUUUAACCAAAUUUUUUAAUGGUUUUAUUCGAUUUAAAAUUGAUAGAGAGUUGUGUUUAAAUUGUGGUCUGGCUUUGAAAUUCUACAUGCAAACAACUAACAAAUGCAACUAGGGAAUGCCAGCUAUUGUCUGGUAUUUAAUAAAUUUAAUAAAUUUUUGCAGACAUACAAAAGUAAAGUGGCAUUGAAACAACUUUAUAGUCGGCAAUAAAUGAAAACUUUCUAAAUACACAUACGAGUGCACAAGUGAAGUGCUAACGGUAAAUAUAAAUAAAAUCAAAUAAAUUUCAACAAGUGCUAUCACUUGGUGUUGCUGCUACUAUUGCCAGCCAGCCAGCGACGACCAUGAAAAGCUGUAUGAAAUUAAAAAAGCUUAAAAAUAUUUUCCGCAAAUAAGAAUUUUCGACGAAGCAUGCAGCACUUGACAAGCCAACUGUAGUUGCGGCUUAUAGAGCAGUCGGUUGAAAACAAAGGCGAGCUAUUGCAAUCACAACAAAAGUAACUAAAAUCAGCUAGAGAAUAUAAUAAAACAUUGCGAACAAUCACACAGCAGCUGCACAAUCGCAUUUGUGCAUUUAACAAUUCUUACACAUCACACAUUCGUAUCUGCGCAUGUGCAAGCAAAUAAAUUGACAUACACGUACAUACUCGUAUGUAUGUGUGUAUAGAUACCGUAAACUUUAAAAGCGUCACAUACGAAUGAAAGAUGAAGCUGACAGAGUUGUUGCCCUAUUUUUGCCUAUUUCUAUUCACGAGAACACAAGUGCUACUGGCAGUUAGUUGGGAAGAAUGGUGGACCUACGAUGGCAUAUCAGGUCCAGCCUUUUGGGGUCUCAUUAACCCAGAAUGGUCACUCUGUAAUAAAGGACGCCGACAAUCACCAGUGAAUCUCGAGCCACAUCGCUUAUUAUUCGAUCCGAAUCUGAGACCAUUACACAUCGAUAAACAUAGAAUAAGUGGUUUAAUUAGCAACACGGGACAUAGUGUCAUAUUCACUGCCGGCAAUGAGACAGUGGCGAAUUAUGACGGCAUGCAAACUCCAGUUAACAUAUCCGGUGGACCGUUAUCGUAUAGCUAUCGCUUCCACGAAAUACACAUACACUACGGACUGCACGAUCAGUUCGGCUCAGAGCACAGUGUGGACGGAUAUACAUUUCCAGCGGAAAUCCAAAUAUUCGGCUACAACUCACAACUAUAUGAAAACUUUUCGGACGCCUUGAAUAGAGCACAAGGAAUUGUUGGUGUAUCAAUAUUGCUGCAGCUUGGCGAUCUAUCAAAUCCUGAAUUGCGUAUGCUGACGGAUCAAUUGGAUCGUAUACGUUUUGGUGGCGAUGAAGCUUUCGUCAAACGACUGUCUAUACGCGGCCUGUUACCCGAAACGGAUCAAUAUAUGACCUAUGAUGGCUCGACGACAGCACCCGCCUGCCACGAGACUGUCACAUGGGUUGUAUUGAAUAAACCUAUUUACAUAACAAAGCAACAGUUGCACGCUCUCCGUCGCCUUAUGCAAGGCAGUCCAGAUCAUCCUAAAGCUCCACUUGGCAAUAACUAUAGGCCACCGCAACCGCUGCUGCAUCGACCCAUUCGCACUAAUAUCGAUUUUAAAACUUCAAAAGCCUAUGGCAAAGCUGCGUGUCCCACCAUGUACCGCGAAGUGUAUUAUAAAGCCACAAGUUGGAGACAACAUUGAGGCGUAACUUGGCAAUAAAUUACAGCAUCAGCAGCAAUCAAAGCCAAUAGCAGUUGCAACUCCAGCAUCCAUAUGUAAAUACAAAAUAUACAUAUUAUUGCACACAUAUAGACACAUACAUAUGUACGUAAGUACACGUAAAUCGGCGUGCAACAGGAGCUUCCAUAAAUUUAAAUAUAAAUUUAUAUUAGAAUUGUAAUUUCGUGCGAUAGAGUUUACAUUGUAUUAUUGACAAAAUAUGUAUUUAUAUUGCUAAGGGUACACAUACACAUACAUAUAA